GCUUUGCAAAUUUCAUCUGGAUCUCAAACGCAAAACCCAAUAAAUCUCCUCUCCUCAACAACUGUGCAUUUUUCUUCCUGAGUCCAUAUUCGCGCCAUCGUUCAGACAAAGCGUUCUGAAGUUUAUCCGAUCUCGAUUUCUUUUUCUUUUUUGGGUAGGAGAUUGCCAUGGCUGCCUCUGAAGAGAAUAGUGCGUUGUUCCCAAUAUUCAUUUUGACAAUAAUGGCACUGCCUCUAGUGCCUUAUACAAUAAUGAAGUUAUGCCGCGCUGCAUCAAAGAAAAGUAAGAGCAUCCACUGCCGGUGCUCUGAAUGCUCCCGUUCAGGGAAGUACCGGAAAUCUAUAUUCAAGCGGAUUUCAAACUUCUCCACUUGCAGUAACUUGACAUUGAUACUUCUUUGGAUCAUCAUGAUAUUCCUGGUUUACUACAUAAAAAAUAUGAGUCGUGAAAUUCAAGUUUUUGAUCCAUAUGCCAUACUUGAGCUGCAACCUGGAGCUGCAGAGUCAGAAAUAAAAAAGCGUUACAGGAGACUUUCUAUUCUUUAUCAUCCUGAUAAAAAUCCAGAUCCAGAGGCCCACAAAUAUUUUGUGGAAUCAAUAACAAAGGCUUAUCAGGCCCUAACAGAUCCAAUAUCCCGUGAGAAUUAUGAAAAAUAUGGUCAUCCAGAUGGUAGACAGGGCUUUCAAAUGGGUAUAGCCCUUCCUCAGUUUCUGCUGGAUAUUGAUGGGGCUUCUGGUGGAAUACUUCUACUUUGGAUAGUUGGUGUUUGUAUUCUUUUGCCAUUGGUGGUUGCAGUGAUAUAUCUUUCGAGAUCAUCAAAAUAUACAGGAAACUAUGUCAUGCAUCAAACUCUGUCCGCAUACUAUUACUUGAUGAAACCCUCAUUGGCUCCAAGCAAAGUUAUGGAAGUCUUCACUAAGGCUGCUGAGUAUAUGGAAAUUCCAGUUCGUAGGACCGAUGACGAACCUCUUCAGAAGCUUUUUAUGUCAGUUAGAAGUGAGUUGAAUCUGGAUCUCAAGAACAUUAAGCAAGAACAGGCUAAGUUUUGGAAGCAGCAUCCUGCUGUAGUUAAGACAGAGUUGUUAAUUCAAGCUCAAUUAACUCGUGAAAUAGCAGCCUUGUCUCCGGCUUUGCUAGGUGAUUUUAGACGUGUGCUAGAACUUGCACCUCGCCUUCUUGAAGAAUUAAUGAAGAUGGCAGUCAUACCAAGAACUGCACAAGGCCAUGGAUGGCUGAGACCUGCAAUUGGGGUUGUUGAGCUAUCUCAAUGUGUUAUUCAGGCUGUUCCUCUCAGUGCAAGAAAAACUACAGGAGGAUCCACAGAAGGGAUUGCACCCUUUCUGCAGCUACCACAUUUCAGUGAAUCUGUUAUCAAGAAGAUAGCACGCAAGAAGGUGAGAACUUUUCAGGAUUUUUGUGAUAUGUCUCUGCAAGAUCGUGCUGAGCUGCUUGAGCAUGUUGCUGGAUUCUCCACAUCCGAAGUACAAGAUGUUCAAACAGUAUUAGAAAUGAUGCCUUCUGUAGCAGUUGAAGUAAGAUGUGAAACUGAAGGUGAAGAGGGUAUUCAAGAGGGUGACAUUGUCACUGUGCAAGCUUGGGUAACCCUCAAACGCGCUAAUGGCCUGGUCGGUGCACUACCCCAUGCCCCCCGCUUCCCAUUUCACAAGGAAGAGAACUUCUGGUUUCUACUUGCAGAUCCCACCUCGAAUAAUGUGUGGUUUUCCCAGAAGGUAAAUUUCAUGGAUGAAGCUGCUGCCAUAACCGCUGCUUCCAAGGCAAUUGAGGAGGCAAUGGAGGGGGCUGGAGCAAGUGUUAAGGAGACAAGUGCAGCUGUAAGAGCAGCUGUUGAGAAGGUGCGAGAUGGCUCUAGAUUGGUGAUGGGCAAGUUCCCAGCACCGGCAGAGGGGAACUACAACUUGACUUGUUACUGCUUGUGUGACUCAUGGAUAGGUUGUGACAGAAAGAUUAACUUGAAGGUUAAAAUUCUGAAACGAACAAGGGCUGGCACUCGGGGUGGGUCUAUCUCUGAGGAGGGACCCAUUGCAGAGGAUGGGGUUGAAGAGGAAGAGGAGAAUGAAGAAGAGGGAUAUGAUGAUUAUGAGAGCGAGUAUAGUGAAGAUGAGGAAGAUGAAAAAGAUACAAAAAAGAAGGGCCCUGCUGCUAAUGGAACUGUGCAUAAAAGAGGCUCAAGCACAGAGGGUUCAGGGACAGAUGAGGAAUGAAACACUUGAUUUGUUUAUCCAUGGAAAACAAUAAGCUUUUUAUUUAUUGGGUGGAUGAACUAAACUACCGUCACAGUGAUGGUUAUUUAUGUCUCCUCUUUAAUUGGGCAAAAAUUUCAAACAUUUUUUAUUAUCAUUGACUACAUUUUAAUUGAGAUCUUUAGGACAACUUUUUCGGCCUAAUGAACGACCACCAGCCUCACUUCUAGUUUUGCCCCAUCUUGUAAGGUCACUGCAAUCAAUUUUUUGUUCCUGAAAAACUAAUGUAUGAAUGUGUUGCUUUGAA